UCAGUUCUAUCUAUAUUAUAAAUUUAUUCGAAACGAUCGUAUGAAAUAAUGUUCACGAUAAUAAAUAAAUAUCAAACAUUAUUAAAAGCUAAUAAAAUCGAUACAAAUAUAAUUCUAAUCGCGUGAUACGUUCACACGUCACUUGUUGAAGCGUAUCGCAUCGACUGAUCUCGUUUCGCUCCAAGUCGGUGUCACGCGUCGGUGUCAUUCGUUUAAUUAUGCAUCCCAUCCCUCGAACAAACCUUUAUUUCCCUUAUCACGUAACACUCAAUAUCACCCAAUCCAUAUCCAAUUCGAGACAAAGAAACUUAAAAAAAAAAAGAAAGCGAUGAAUAGUUGUCAACGUCAAUCGACAAGUAACGUCUCGCAUUACGAAGUAACACUUUCUCGAGGAAGGAAAGGGAAGAGGGAAAUGGGGGAAAUUUCGAAAGGGACGAAAAUUGUCGCGAAAGUCGUGACGCAUUCGAAAGACUCGCCGCGUGGCAAAGAUUUCGCUUUGUCGAUGACGGCAUUUUUAAUGAAAAUCGUUGGUCUCUGGUUGGCCAAAAACAAGCAGGAACAACGUAAACGCCAUUUAACGUUGAUGUACACGGUGAUCGCGAUUUUGUUCGGCGUUUGGGUCCAGUUUAGGGACUUUUAUUAUUCGUGGCCCAACUUCGGUAACUGUGCUUAUACAGCUUGCAACAUUCUGUGCCUGAUCAUGGUGUUAUUAAAGUUGUUCGUCCUGUUUGUGCAUAGAAAAGAGUUCAUCGAUCUUCUCGUGUACACGCACGAAAAUUUUUGGCACACCAAUUAUACGCAUAACGAGCUGUUAUUGCUACAAAAUUGCAAGAGAAUUUGUAUGUUGUGCAUCACUUUGAUCAACGUCUGCGCUCAAGGCACGAUCGUCAGCUACGUGUUAACCCCUAUUGUGGAAAAUAUCGGAAGAAACCAUUCAGAUAGAGUUCUUCCAUUUAAUAUGUGGGUUGACCUACCUACGCUAUUUGUAUCACCGUACUAUGAAAUAUUAUUCGUGCUUCAGGUACUUUCUUUGUAUCACGUCGGUGUAUGUUACAUUUGCUUCGACAACCUGUUGUGCCUGAUGAAUCUGCACGCAGCCACCCAAUUUCGUAUUUUACAACACAGAUUAUCGAAUCUGGGUAGCGGAUGGGAUACAAAGCGGUUCAACAAGAUGGAUAGAGAAACGAGAUGGUCAAGUUGCAUGGAAAAUUGUUACGAGACGUUCAAAUUGUGUGUCAAACAGCAUCAGGAUCGAAUCACUUAUUGCCAAAGGCUGAACGAUAUAUUUACGAUCAUAGUGCUUGGCCAUAUACUUGUCUUUAGCUUGUUGAUGUGUCUGGUCGGUUUUCAGGUACUUAUGGCAAAUUCACCACCAACGAGGCGUCUCAUUUUCGUGUUUCACAUAACGGGCAGCCUGUGUCAAUUGUUGCUGUUCACGUACAGCUGCGAUUCUCUGAUACAAGAAAGCACAAAUAUCGGGAGUGCUGUAUACUCUGGCCCUUGGAUAUGCCUGCCAAUGAACAGGAUCGGCAGAACGCUGAGAAGAGAUCUGACAAUGGUCAUAAUAAGAUCGAGAAAGCCUUGCUGUUUGACCGCCAGCAGAUUCUUCCCCGUCUCCCUGGAAACUUGUACCACGGUACUCAGUACAGCGAUGUCAUAUUUCACUUUAAUGAGGCAAUCUUUUGCCAAUUGA